AGUACAGCUCGAUUCAGUUGUUUGGGGAACUUAGUGCGAGACGUAUCUAUAUAAAUCGAUCGCGGUCGAACGCGCGCUUUAUUGAAAACAAACACACAGUUACUGGCAUACAAAAACGGCAAAAAUGUCGCGCAUGUCAACGCGACUGAGCAGCAUCCUUCUGCUCCUCCUGGUUCUGCUAGCCACGCAAGACGCGCAGGCUAAGCGCUGGUAUGGGGGCAGCAGCAGUCGAGGACGUACCGGCAGCUCCAGCUCCUACACACCACGACGUACUUCAUCUUCGUCACAGAGCAGUCAUGCUUCACGACCCUCAUACAGUAAUUCGGACCUCACAAAGCUGAGUUAUGCUGGCGGCACACAUUCCCAGCCUAGUCGCACUCAAGUGCAAAAAACACAGAGUGCUCCCCGCCCGGCCACAGCUUCACCCAUUGGCUGGAAUGUGCCGGCGAAGGCACAGGGUCCACCACCUGCAUAUUCAGCCAGCAACCCCAUCGGUGGUGCUAAGACAAAUAUUCAUGAACCUCCACCAGCCUAUAAUCCAUCGUAUAAGACGAAUGCUGCACCACCCAGCUACUCGGCUGCUUCCAAUUCUCGACCAGCUGCUGGUACUUCGCAUAGCAACACCAACACGCACUACACGCCAGCCACCAACUACCGCCCCCGCAACGCGACAGGUGGUUUCGGUGGUGGUAGCUACUCACCGAUUUCUGCGACCAACACGCACAGCCUACAAUCAAGUUAUCCACGCCAGCAGACUGGUUUGCCGGCGGGUGCCACUUAUCAUCCCGCUGGUCAAUUGCCUGCCGGAGCUACUUACCAUUCUGCUGGUCAAUUGCCUGCUGGAGCUACUUACCAUUCUGCUGGUCAAUUGCCUGCUGGAGCUACUUACCAUUCUGCUGGUCAAUUGCCUGCUGGUGCCACCUAUCAUCCCUCAGGCUAUGCUCCACCUGCUGGUGCUUCAUAUCAUCCUGCUGGUCACGUUCCACCUGGCGCCACUUACUAUCCAACGGGCGGCGUACCUCAUGGAGCAACAUACUAUCCACAAGCACCAGUGGCAGCUGCCGUACCGGCUGGUGCCACGUUCUUGCCCGCUGGCGCAGCUAUACCCGCCGGUGCCACCUACUAUCCACAGGCGCCUAAGUCCUCUUCUGGCCCUGGUUUGGGCACUGGACUUAUUGCUGGCGCAAUUGGUGGUGCUGUCCUGGGUCACGUACUCACGCCCAGCCGUACCAGCUACAGCGGCGGCUACGGGGGCGGCGGCUACGGAGGCGGUGGCUAUAGCGGCGGUGGAAAUGCGGCACAGAGCGGUGGCGAUGACAAGAUCAUUAUCAUUAACAAUGGACCGCCUGGCUCAGUUACUGCUACCGAAGUGGGCUCGGGUACCACUGUCAUCAAUGCCGGUGGACAGCAGCCAGCUCCAGCAGCAGCUCCAGCAGCAGCUCCAGCAGCAGCCCCCGCAGCACCUGCGCCUGCUGCUAUGCCUGUACCCCCCAGCCCAAAAGCUCCAGCUCCGGCACCUGGAGCAACUGACCCGCAAACACCGUUGGCCCCCUUAACACCAGUCCAGACUGCUCCUGCUUCCGCAGGUACUCCGACUGCAGCUGUUGCUCCCGUUGCUAAUGCUGCUGCAGAGCCGCCAACACCAUCUCCAGCUGCAGAUCCAAACGCCGCUGCAACACCCGCACCGGGAGGCAUUAUUUGUGUACCUGUCCGUGUCCCCGAACCAGAUCCAAACGAUGCUACCAAAACUAUUGAGGUAGAAAAGAUUGCUUGCUAUCCUGCACCACCGCCAGAGCCUGCAGCAGUACCGGCUGCCCCCACAGACACCAAUGCUGCCCCUCCAGCUACCAAUAGUGCUCCAGCAACCUCUCCGCCAGCACAGCCAGCUGUGACAGCAUCUCCCGACUCUCCGCCCCUAGCACCAUUCCAAACAACACCCUUCAAUCCACCAGAAGGCUCGGUGCCCUUAGCACCGCUGCUGCCCGGCGCCCAACCCGAUAUCAUGCGCAUGCCUGGCAAUCAGCAUUUGACGUCGGCCCGUCUGUCCUCCGAGUCGGGUAUACAUGACGCACACAAUGGGGUCAAACCCUUUACCCCAUUAAGCACCAUAUCUGCGCUACUGACUCUGAUUGUGGCAUACUACCUGCAUUAAGUCCGAGUGGUGUGCGUCCCUGAAAAAGCUUUUACUCAAUUUAUGUAUAAUCCUGUUUGCCAGCCAUUCAAGUGGGGAUCGCAUAAGGAACAGAUACAUUGCUUUAUUUUAUUCUAAACCAAAUGAAUUUUUGUAUGUAGCAUAUUUAGAAACUAAUAAAUAAAAUACAAAUUAUUAAUUAGAUGA